AUAACACGUUUGCCGUUCACAACUUUUAAUCGCUUAUUAAAAUAAAAUAAAUAAAAUACUAUUUUAUUAGUUUCUAAAUUAGAUUAAUUUAUCAGCGAAAUAAUUUUACAAAAAUUUCCCAGCAUGGCCGGGUCUGCUCUAAAACGUCUCAUGGCCGAAUAUAGACAACUGACCCUAAACCCACCAGAGGGCAUCCUGGCUGGUCCCUCCAAUGAAGAUAAUUUUUUUGAAUGGGAGGCACUCAUCGCAGGCCCUGAAGGGACAUGCUUUGAGGGCGGUGUGUUUCCUGCCCGACUGACAUUUCCAAGUGACUACCCACUCAGUCCACCGAAGAUGAAGUUCACUUGCAACAUAUUCCACCCCAACAUCUACAAAGAUGGCCAGGUUUGCAUCUCGAUACUGCACGCUCCUGGGGACGAUCCCAUGGGCUAUGAAUCCAGUUCGGAGAGGUGGAGUCCCGUGCAAAGUGUCGAGAAGAUUUUGCUGUCUGUCGUCAGCAUGCUGGCUGAGCCGAAUGAUGAAAGUGCGGCUAAUGUUGACGCAGCGAAAGUAUGGCGGGAGGAUAGGAACAAAUUCGACGAGAUGGCCAGGAAAACAGUGGAGAAGUCGCUUGGGAUCAUUUAGCUGGGGCGGGCUGCGCUGUCGGCUUCGUUCUAUAUUUGUUUCAUUGUCCUGUGGUUGUUCCUUGUUCAGUUUUUAUGAUGUUGUUAGGUUUACUUCUUAUUAGUUUUUUUUUUAAUUUUAGAAUGAAUUUUGAUCGCUCUUAAAAAUUACUUUAAAAUGUUGUCUUAUUUUUUAUUCCGUUGCAAAAUUAUUUCUGUCAAAUAAAUGUUAUUUUAAUUCUAAUGAAUAUCG